AAAGAUAGAUUACAUGGUGACCACUGGGAUGUGAUGGAUAAAAAAGGUAAAAAAAUUAAAGAAAUAGACUUUGAUGAAUUAGAGAAUAAUCAAGAUAUUGAGUUAAAGACUGCUCCGGAAUAUGUAAUUGGUUAUCUAGUGGAAAAGUUAAGAAAUAAAGACUUAUUACUGCUUGAAAAAACAAUAAAAGUGGCAGCAAAAGCAAAUAAUGAUAGAGAA